AGCGCAGGGUGCACGGUGCGGCGCUGCCUCUCCGCAGCGUCAAACAGCCUUCACGUCGGGCAGGCGACAGAACAAACAGGUCGACCCACCGCCUGCAUCACAUCCACGCUUUGACCUGAACAGCUGACUGGAGCGAGUGAAACGAAGAGGGGACUGUCUCAGCGGGGCUGAUGUAGACUGCAGAGCAUACAGGGCCAUUAACAUUACUCCCUCCUUCUCCGACUGAAAGCUGGAAGUGCGUAGCGGUUUAUCUGCGGUACUGUACAGUAGAUUAUUGAACAGCACCGAGAGACUAUACGAGCUAAUUAGAUUGAUAAACUAACGUUACUUGUCUGUGGGUGAAAGCACAAUAAAAAAAUAAAUAUAACCCAGCUUAUUAGAGAGUAUGCUGCUGUUCAUAUCUGGCUGAAUGACCGUGGAGAUGCCUGAGCCUGAGAGAUGACCAACCUCAGCUGAGUUUCGUCCUGUGGACUGCAACAUCAAACCAUCUGCUGAAGCCUUCUCUUGACUCGUGUUUAAGAUGGUGAGUCACGCCCUCUCUCUCCCGGAUCGCCUCAGUGAAUAGCCGGCUGCAUAAAGGAGAAAGGAUCUCAGCUCAGCCGCUAAAUAAAACCCUCUUCCUUCUGCACAGCGUGGGAGAAAGUGCCACUGCUGUGCUGGUGUGGAAUCUCUGUAGGCUGAUAAUUGGAGUGAAAGCAGUGUUGAGUGAUCAUCUUUCACUCUGAGCCACUCACCUUUCAUGCUGUGGCCCCUGAGCCAGCUCUCAGGACUGGACUGUCAGCGGGAACGCAGAGAGACUCUCACGUGGACACAAUUGGCAGAGCUGCACAGUUUAUAUGUGUAAAGCAUCUUCCUCAUGAGACUGAAGAGGCAUACGUGAGGGAAAAGUCAUGCUAUUGUUUGGAUGACCUUCAAACAGGAUUAAGACACUAACUGACGUUUUCUUCAUUUUAGCCGGGGCCCAGUGGGGCUGUGUGGUGGGAACAGGGAGAGCUGGUGUUGAUUCUUCUGCUUUAUGAGUUUUCAUCACUGGGAGAGUGUAUCUGAGCUGCAGGGCGAGCCAGCAUGGCCAAGCCUCUGCUGAAGAUACAGCGCUAUUUCCGCAGGAAACCUGUCCGAUUUUUUUCCCUCAUCCUCCUCUACCUGACCGCUGGGAGCCUCGUCUUCCUGCACUCUGGCUUUGUCGGGGACAGCAGCCCCGCAGCCAGAGGGGGCCGGGACCCAGUGGUAGCUUCAGAGAUGGGCAGCCGGACUUCGUUGUCAGACACUCGGGGGCUUGGCAUCAUGAGUAGAGUGUUUAAGGAGACACGCAGGUCUGGACGGAGGUAUGGCCCUCCGUGGAUGAAAAAGACCAGACAAGAGGGCCAGGAGACGGUGCACAGGGCGGGAGACAACACCAGAAACUGGAACCGUGCACUUAAAGGACGCAAUGCCAAAGACAUGGACGAUGGAAGAGCAAAGUAUAUUGGCUGCUACAUUGAUGACACACAGAAAAGAGCGUUGAGAGGAAUUUCCUUUUUUGACUACAAAAAAAUGACUGUAUUCCGCUGCCAGGACAACUGUGCAGAAAGAGGUUACAUGUACGCGGGUCUGGAGUUCGGAGCAGAGUGCUACUGUGGGCACAAAAUCCAGGCGCCCAAUGCUUCAGAGAGUGAAUGCAAUAUGGAGUGCAAAGGGGAGAAGAGCAACCAGUGCGGAGGAGCCAACCGACUGUCCAUCUAUAGGCUGGAGCUGAGCCAGGAGUCAGCGCGCCGCUAUGGCAGCGCUAUUUUCAAAGGGUGUUUCCACAGGCCAGAAAACAUCACUCUGGCACUUCCUUUCAGCUCGGUCAUCCAAAACAUGUCUGUGGACAAGUGUGUGGACAUGUGCACAGAGAGGGAGAAAUCACUGGCCGUCCUAGCUGGAGAUCGAUGUUACUGCGGCUUCCCAACUCCUCUCUUCUCCCUUCAUGAGCUGGAGAAUGAGGACAUGUGUCACCACCGCUGCCACGGGGAAGAGUUUGAGAGCUGCGGGGACGACGAGUACUUUGUGGUAUACCAGACACAGGUUCAAGACAACCGCUGCAUGGACCGGCACUUCCUCCCCACUCGUGCCAAGCAGCUGGUGGCUCUCGCCAGUUUCCCCGGAGCUGGCAACACCUGGGCUCGCCACCUCAUAGAGCUCGCCACUGGCUUCUACACCGGCAGCUAUUACUUUGAUGGCUCCCUUUACAAUAAAGGAUUUAAAGGGGAGCGGGACCACUGGCGGAGUGGGAGGACGAUCUGCAUUAAGACACAUGAGAGUGGCAGGAAGGAGAUCGAAGCGUUUGACUCCAGCAUCCUCAUGAUCAGAAACCCCUACAAAGCCCUCAUGGCAGAAUUUAACAGAAAAUAUGGCGGCCACAUUGGAUUUGCCUCCCAGGCCCAUUGGAGAGGGAAAGAGUGGCCCGAGUUUGUGAGGAACUAUGCCCCUUGGUGGGCGUCCCACACGUUGGACUGGCUGAAUUAUGGGAAGAACGUCAAGGUAGUCCACUUUGAGGAUCUGAAGAGGGACCUGUUCUCCAAGCUGAAGGGGAUGGUCCAGUUUCUGGAUUUGAAGGUUUCUGAGGACCGCCUGCUUUGCGUUGAGGGCCAGAAGGAUGGAAACUUCAAGCGAUCAGGGCUACGAAAGCUUGAAUAUGACCCCUACACUCCUGAAAUGCGAGCGAACAUCAAUGAACUGAUCAGAACAGUAGACACUGCCUUGAAGAAAAGGAAGAUGUCCGGAGUUCCAGAGGAAUAUAUGCCAAGAUGAUAAAUGUGAUCCCCUCGUUUCCUUUUAUUUCCUCCUUUAAUUGGACUGUUCUGUCAACAGACUCUGCACCAUAUUUUGUAGGAUUACAUGACUUAAAUAUUUUUUAUCCCUGUGAAGUCACAUAGGUUGAAGCUGUAGUAAGAAGAAAGUCUUUUUAUUCUCCUAUUUUCACUUUUUAUUCGUCUUAUUUCAUUUUCUGUUGAACUUCAGCAGCUUCGUGCAUUCAUAGAAGAGGCAGUUUUACCUGGGGAGGCUUGUUUUUCUCUUUGUCUGAAUGAAAAGCACUUCUUAUCCUGCUCUAUGCACAUGUGCUGUGUAGGCAUGUGCACAUGCCUUAUCACGGAGAAGGUACAAUGGCUGUGACUACAGAGAGGCUUGUCUGACUGUGCUGGGUGAUUUGGUACCAGUGAAAAAAACAUUUGACCCAAAAGAUGUUAUACAAUACUGCAAAGCGUGUGGUAUGCGCUUAUUUUGUGCAAAAGAGAAAUAACAAUUAUGAGAAAUCAAAAUAUUAAAAUAUAUAAAUCUUCUGCUGCUAUCACAGUUACAAACCAAUAAUAUUUUCUACAUGAACAUUACUGAAAACUUUAAAACAUUUAGCCCUUUGUCAGAGGGAAAAAUGCAAUAUGCAGGCUAUAACUACCUGAUGACGAUACUGUGUGUUUCCAAGCUUUUGUAAGUUAAUCAACUUACUGUAUGUAAGAGGAAUCAUGUUUUCGAUGAUGAAAAGGUAAAGAACUCUCAGCUCAUAUUCAAGAAGAUGAAUAAUUCCUCUUGAAGGCACUGACUCAAGGAGAGAAGAGGAUUUAUCUCGACAGCAUUUAUUUAUCUCUGGUGUGCACAUGUUGACUAAAUUAGUUGUGAAUAUGUUUUUAUUAACACUGGACUCGAUGCAGAAAUCCAAAAAAGCACUUCGCUGUGCAAUGCUUGCCCCAAAGAUCACUGAGGAAUUAGGCAUUACAUUAGGUUUUUUUAUUGCAUUGUUGUAAGAAGAACUAUGUAAACAGUUAAAGCUGUUGACAAUUUUGCUCUUCGUAAUUAAAAGAAAUCUCCACAAAAGUGUGAAAAUUCUGCUCAGAUUUUAUAAGCAGCACGUCUAACAGUACUCGAUGUGCUAUGCCAUAUGCUUAAAAAUAAACAAAUAUAUAAAUAAAUACAUAGAUAGAUAUAUAAAUAAAUAAAACACUGGUGACAGAGCCAGAAAACAUGAACUGACUUCCAUUUUCAGUAUGAUAUAACUAUAUUUUUAUAGUGUGUGCUGACACACACAACAAUAUUUGUAUUUCAACAAGCAAACUUGAGAAGUUGUUUCUAUUUUUAACACAUGCUUUAAACUUUAUUGGCUCUUGCUUUCAUUGACAAGCUGACACUUUAUAAACAAAGGUGUCACAUUUGAAUGUAUUUUCUAUGGACUGAAUGUAAUGUGAUAAGGCCCAAUAAAUGAGUACAUAAAAUUA